GGCCCGCUUGAAAGUAACUUGCACACAAAAAUUACCACCACGUUGGACCCUCAAACUUUGAUAAUCAGAAAUGAUUCCUGGAAACACGCACAUCAUACUGGUAUGAAGGGGGUGGAAAACGUUGCAGAAAGUCAUUUUCAUGUCACCAUUGUGAGUGAGAAAUUUAGUGAACCCGGAUUGAAGUCGUCGCUUGCUAGACACCGUUACAUUUUCAAAGUCCUUGAUGACGAGAUCAAGGGGGGUAUACAUGGAUUCCAAGUGGUUUGUAAGACUCCUCAAGAGUGGGCAAAACAA